AUGGCGUCGUCGAAGGUGAUGGCGUCGUCGAAGCCGAAGAAUUCGGAUCUGGCUUCAACGUCGUCGUCUUCAACAGCUUCACGAUCGCGUCGUUUUUCUUCUUCUUCCUCUAAACACCGCUCAACUACCAUUCGGCCGCUCAACGUCGGCAACUCCCCUUCCUCCAACAUGACCGUCGACGGAAUCCUGCACAACGUCUACUCCGCUCCCUCGUCGGAGCCCACGCUCCUCGACGCUCAGAUAACCCUAAUGGACGCCCCGACUCCUCCUCCUCCUCCUCCCCUUGCCCUCGCUCCUCCUUCUCUCGCCGCCGCGGCAAUCCAAUCCAGCCACCACGCAAACGGAAGUAACGAUCAGGAAAUGGCAAUUGCGGUCGCCCCUACGCCGCCGGGGAGUAACAAGACGGUGGACGACAUGUGGAGGGAGAUUGUGUCCGGGAGGAAGGAAUUGAAGGAGGAACCGGACGAGAUGAUGACUCUGGAGGAUUUCCUCGCCAAGGCGGGUGCGGUGGAGGUCGGCGGCGACGACGACGAGGAUGAGGUGAAGAUGCCGGAGCUAGCUUCGGAGAGGUUGAGUGGGGGAGUGUUCGCGUUUGAUCCGGUGCCAGUGCCGCCGCCGAAUGCUAUCCAUAUGCUGGAUAAGGUUGAAGGCUCGAUCGUCGGGUUCGGGAAUGGAGUGGAGGUGGCUCCCUCCGGCGGGGGAUUAGGUGUGGGGAGAGGGAAGAGAGGUAGAGCGCCGGUUUUGGAGCAAUUGGAUAAGGCUGCGCAGCAGAGGCAGAAGAGGAUGAUCAAGAAUCGGGAGUCAGCUGCCAGGUCCAGGGAGAGGAAACAGGCUUAUCAAGUCGAAUUGGAAUCGUUGGCAGUGAAGCUAGAAGAGGAAAAUGAGCAGCUGCUGAGGGAGAAGGAAGAGCGUGCAAAAGAAAGGCUAAAGCAGCUUAUGGAGAAGGUGUUCCCUGUGGUGGAAAGGCGAAAACCGCCACGAACGCUGCGCAGAGUUCGGUCUUGGGUAUGGUAG